AUGACAACCCAAUUGUCCAUCUCGGCAGCUCUCCUUCAAAAUCCCAGAAAUUCAGUCCCCCAAAAAUCAAAGAAAAAAGCCCUAUACGAGGCCCCAGAAAGUGUACUCCGCCACAAGCUCAACCAGUGCUCAAAACACGGUAACUUUUGCGAGGCCAUUCGCCUUUACAAUGAGGCAAGGACAAGUAAUAUUCAACUCAAUGUACAUCAUUAUAAUGUAUUGCUUUAUUUAUGUUCUCCAAAUGAUGAUGGUAGUAGGCAGGACGAGGAUAAUUUUGUAGGUUUGGAAAAGGGCUUUGAGAUUUUUAAACAGAUGCGGUUGGAUAAAGUGGAGCCAAAUGAAGCUACAUUUACCAAUGCUUCUAGAUUAGCGGCAGCUAAAAAGGACCCAGAAAUGGCUUUUGAGUUGGUUAAGGAAAUGAAGAAUCAUGGAAUAGUUCCAAAGUUGAGGUCCUAUGGGCCGGCAUUGUUUGAGUUUUGUGAGAAGGCAAUGGCUGAUAAGGCGUAUGAGGUGGAUGCCCAUAUGGUGGAUAACAAAGUCUCAGCCGAAGAGCCUGAGCUUUCAGCACUUUUGAGGGUUAGUUCAGAUGUCAAAAGGGAGGAGAAAGUGUAUGAGAUGGUUCAUAGGCUGAGGGCCUCUGUGAGGCAGGUGUCUGAGGAGACUGCAAGUGUGUUGGAGGAUUGGUUUAGGUCAGAGACUGCAUCAAAGGUUGGAGCAGAGAAUUGGAAUGUAGAAAAGGUGAAGGAAGCAGUUGUGAAAGGAGGGGGUGGAUGGCAUGGGCAAGGGUGGUUGAGGAAAGGGAAAUGGAGAGUGGUGAGGACCCAUAUGGAUGAGACAGGGGUCUGCCAAUUGUGUAGAGAGAAACUUGUUUGUAUAGAUAUCGAUCCCAUCGAGACACAGAAUUUUGCAAAUUCUUUGGCAAAAUUGGCUAGCGAAAGAGAAGCUAAAGCUGGCUUUUCGCAUUUUCAGGAAUGGAUUCAACGUCAUGGUCCAUUUGAUGCAGUAGUAGAUGGUGCUAAUGUGGGCCUUAUUAAUCGGCAUAAUUUCAGUUUUUCCCAGCUCAAGCAUGUUGUGUAUCACUUGCGUAAACUGAGCCCUUCAGGGAAACUGCCUCUUGUUAUUCUGCAUAAAGGCCGUGUAACUGGUGGUCCUGCACAGCACCCUAACAACAAGAAGUUAUUGGAAAGUUGGAAGAAGGCUGGGUCACUUUAUGUUACCCCUCCUGGUUCGAAUGAUGAUUGGUAUUGGUUGUAUGCUGCUGUUAGCUCCGAGUGUUUGCUGGUGACAAAUGAUGAGAUGAGAGACCACUUGUUCCAACUGCUAGGCAAUAGUUUUUUCCCAAGAUGGAAAGAAAAGCAUCAGGUCCGAUUAACACCUUCCAUUGAUGGACUCCAGUUCCGCAUGCCUCCACCUUAUUCAAUUGUCAUUCAGGAGUCUGAACAAGGCAGUUGGCACAUUCCAACUGUAACCGGAGACGAUCUUGAGAACCCAAGACAAUGGAUUUGUGCCACAAGAUUAAGGGACCUGAACUGA